AUGAACGGCGUCAGAAGCCUGGAAACUUCUAAACCUUCUCAAGUGAGCCUCGAGCCAAAGUCGGAACCACCGUCGAUAGAGGCGGCGUCGCAGCAGGUUCCGCCGAUGUCAAUGUCUCUGGCUCCACCGUCGUCGAUGGCAACGCCAUUGAAGAGAGCUUCGACUAAAGACCGUCAUACCAAGGUGGAAGGAAGAGGGAGGAGGAUACGGAUGCCUGCCACGUGUGCGGCAAGGAUUUUUCAGUUGACUCGAGAGCUAGGUCAUAAAUCAGACGGAGAAACGAUUCGGUGGUUGUUGGAGAACGCCGAGCCUGCGAUUAUCGCCGCCACGGGUACGGGAACGGUUCCGGCUAUCGCUAUGUCGGUUAACGGAACACUGAAAAUCCCAACCACGACGAACGCCGAUUCCGAUUUGGGGGAAAAUCCGGCGAAGAAGAGACGAAAACGACCUUCCAACAGUGAGUAUAUUGACAUAAACGACGCCGUCUCAGCUUCAUCCGGUCUAGCUCCCAUUUCCACAACAUCGAUUCAACCUCUGCAAGCUCCGGUAUCAAACGUCGCUCAACAAACUCUGCCGCAAGGAAUGAUUCCGAUGUGGGCUAUUCCAUCAAACGCGGUGAUUCCGGCGGUCGGAGCUUUCUUCUUAGUUCCACACGUCGCUGGUUCGUCGAAUCAACCUCAGAUAUUAGCUUUUCCAGCUGCUGCUGCUGCUGCUGCUGCUUCGCCGUCGUCUUACGUCGCCGCAGUCCAACAGGCUUCUUCCAUGGCCAUACCACCUCCUCUUCAAGCUGUUCCUAACAGCGGCGUGAUAUCCGCACCAGACGUCACCGGUUCAAAACCAUCGUCGGUUAUGGCUCCAAGCUCAAGCUCCGGCAUAACAACAGGCGGUUCGUCGGCGGCGCACAUGCUCAGAGACUUCUCGCUGGAGAUUUACGAGAAACAAGAACUUCACCAGUUCAUGACCACCACCACAACACGGUCGUCGAACCACUGA